AUGAGUGAUAGCACCCAAUUAGCAGAUUCGUUUUUAUUCGAUUCAACAACUAAUCCGGAUCCAGUUGUCAGUGUUAGCAAAGACAAGCGUGUUGUAAAUGUCGUUGAUGACAACAACGGUUCGUAUCAAUCGGGAACUGUCAUCAUUAAUGCGACUUCCCAACUAAAUGGCUCGACUGGCUAUGGCAGUCUUCGAGAUGCAUAUGUAGUCGUUCCUUAUGUAGUAACGGUUAAAAAUACGUCUGCCUCUGCUCUUAAUGGUACUCUAAAUCGUUUUGCGAACGGUGCAGACUGCUAUCUUGCUCCAGAUGAUGUAGUUAGUCUGAAUUUCCCACAAAGUAGUAGCAAUCCUACCGCUUCAACACAAGGAGAUGGUUUUGUGAAUAACUCAGUUAAUGCUGCCACGACUGUAGCUACUGGUUUAAUUCCAGAAACAACUCCCGCUCUUAAUAACGGACUAAUUCAGCGUCUAAUUUGGAAUCCACAACAAAUUGGUACCUCUGAUGCCACUGGAGCAACGAUUACAGCAACAAACCCUCUUGGUUGGCCGACAACGCGAAGUGGCGCAAUUCUUUCUAAAAUUCAGCAACAAGGUACUGGUGGAUACGUAGCUGGCGUUACUACCGCAGGAGGGGUUGCUGGUACGUGGUAUUAUAUGUUAAAGAUUCGUUUAGUUGAUCUCCAUCCCAUCUUUAAAGAAUUGGAUCUUGUUGCGAACCCUCAAAUCAAAUUAACGAUGACGUUCAAUACCGGCUUUGUUGAUAUCACAACUGCAACUGGUGAUUUAAUGAGCUUAUCCUCUCUCUCCCUAAACGGUUGCUCGACGGUUCCAGUAAUGGUAUCAAGUGCGGCCCCAGGUAAUCCAAAUGCAGGAAAACUUACAACUGGUGGAGCUGGCUCACUUCGAGUAGCUUUCGGCGUUAUGUCUAACAACAUUACACAGAUCUCUACUUCUGGUCAAAUCUUCCCAUUUACAACGACUCGUCUAUAUAUUCCUUUCUACGAUAUCGCUAAUCAAAGUCAAAUUGUUGCUAAACCUGUUAAGAAAGUCAAUUACCUCGAUUGCUACGCACAGUAUUUCAAAUCAAAAGCAGGUACUGGUCAACAAAACUCUCAGCAAAACGCUCCGUUUAGCUUUCAAUUAUCUUCAAGCUUAAAAAAUAUCAAAUACAUUGCUCUGAUUCCAUUCAGUGAAACAAGCAGUGGUCAUUUCGUAAGCGCAACGAAUAUUGAACAAUUCCAAUCCCCGUUUGACAGUGCUCCAUGGACUUGUCAGCCAGGAGCAAGCAUUCGCAAUUUUCAAGUAAUGGUUGGCAAUGAAAAUGUAUUCAACAAAACGCAUGAUUACUCGUUUGAAUCGUUCCAAGACGAAGUCAAGAAGCUCGGAGCUAUUAAUGGAGCUCUAUCGCAUGAGAUUAGCAAUGGCUUAUUUGAUUCCUACAAAUGGGAUGUUGGUCAGCGUGUUCUAAUUGCAGACUGCUCUCGAUUAACGAAUCCAGAUGUGCCUCAAUCUAUCCUUGUCUCCGGCACCAAUACUUGCAGUCAAGGAAUGAAUUGUCUAAUUCUCGUCGUAUACGGUCGUUCUAUGUCUAUUGAUCGUUUAACCGGUGAAGUGGUUGAAUAUGAGUAG